AUGUCCGAGCUUCCUGCAUCACGGGUCACCGCGGCGCGGCCAUUUUCCGUCUCAGGAGUGGACUACUGGGGUCCAAUUCUACUCAAGCCAGUCAGUCGAAAGGCAGCUCCACGAAAGGCUUACGUAGCUGUUUUUAUUUGCUUCAACACAAAAACAGUACAUCUGGAGCUCGUUCCUGAUUUGAGCACAGCAAAAUUUAUCCAGGCACUGCGCAGGUUCGUCUCACAACGAGGAAUCUGCUCCGAAAUCCACAGCGACAACGGGAGAAAUUUUGUGGGCGCAGCAAACGAGCUUCGUCGUCUAUUCCGCAACGAGCAUCACCAGCAGGCAGUUGAACAAGAAUGCAUGAAGAAUGGAAUACGCUGGUGCUUCAAUCCUCCUAAGGUUUCUAACUUCGGGGGCUUGUGGGAGGCUGCUAUCGCGUCAGCACAGAAGCAUUUCUACCGUGUUCUCGGACCCAACAAACUAGCUGACGACGACAUGCAAACUCUACUCAAGCAGAUCGAGUGUUGCCUGAACUCUAGGCCACUCGUUCCUCUCAGCGACGACCACACCGAUUUCCAACCACUCACUCCCGGACACUUUUUGAUUGGUUCUGCGAUGAAAGCAAUUCCGGACAUGGACCUCACGAAAAUUCCCUCCAAUCGACUUCGACACUGGGAGCACACGCACAAACUUUUCCAACAUCUGUGGCAGCGAUGGCACAACGAAUAUCUUUCGACGCUUCAACCACGAUCGAAGUGGUGCAAUCCACCUGUAGUCAUCGAGAAAGGUCGCCUGGUGGUUAUAAAGGACGAGAACACUCCUCCUGUGCACUGGCCGACAGGACGAAUCAUCGAACUGCACCCCGGAGCAGACGGGAUCACUCGAGUGGUAACUCUUCAAACACCCAGCGGAAAAUUUGUGCGGCCCGUAUCGAAGAUAUGCUUGCUACCCAUCGCGACAACACAACCAGCAACACCAUCAGAAGAACCAACGAAGACAACAGAAUUAUAA